GGCAGUCCGGCGGUGUUUCUGGUCCGGGUGGAAAACGCAAUAAUGUGUUUUUAUCAUAUGUGAGCGGCAGCGAAGGCUGGUGGUUCUGGAUUGAUCAGUCCAGCUGGCUGUCUGGUUCUGUAACCGCUGGGCCCACUGAGCUGAAGCAUAACCCCGGUUCGGUUGCAGAAUUCUGUUGAGUGGCAGUCAGCCAUGUCGGGAAUGAGGUACAUCCUCAACCAUCUCCAUGCAGGAGGAGGAGUCUUGCUGCGUCUCCAGAGAACAGGCCAGUCUCCGUUUGGUCUGAAUGGACAACUUUCUCAGCAGACUCUGACCCGGUCCUUCUCCCGGGCUCCGGACUCGUCGACCUCUCAGGCAAGACUGAAGUUACGGACCCGGCUGGCGGUCACUUUGUUGUUCGGUGGAGGUCUGAUGGGGGUGUGGUGGUAUGUGGACUCUGAGAAGCAGCAGAGGCACCGGCAGCAGCGCGUGGACCAGCUCAAGAAGGUGGCUCUAGGUCAAGGGACCUUCAGCCUGCUGGACCACAUGGGCCGACGCCGGGCCAAGCAGGAUUUUCUGGGGAGCUGGGUCCUGAUGUAUUUUGGCUUCACGCAUUGUCCCGACAUCUGUCCUGACGAGCUGGACAAGCUAAGCGCCGUGGUGUCCGCUCUGGACCAGGACCCCUCCCUACCACCCAUCCAGCCGCUCUUCAUCACUGUGGACCCGGAGAGGGAUGACGUUGCGGCGCUGGCCCGCUACGUUAGAGACUUUCACCCCCGGCUAAUCGGACUGACGGGAACCCCGGAGGAGGUGAAGCAUGCGGGUCAGGAUUACAGGGUGUACGCCAGCCCUGGACCCAAAGACGAGGAUGGAGACUACAUUGUGGACCACACCAUUCUGAUCUACCUGGUGAGUCCGGAUGGACUGUUCCUGGAUUAUUACAACAGGAUGAAGAGCCAGGAGCAUAUUGUGGAGAGCAUCAGGAACCACGUCAAGAACUAUGUCAGACUGUAGAGACAAAGUUCUCCAACUAGAAACGUCAAAUCUUCCUCGGACUACCCAGAACUGCACACAUUCACGGGCAGCAACAGGAGGAUGGUUCUGCAGCCACCAUUAGCACUCCUCAGCAGGUCUUUCGUUGUUUCAAACAUACACGUGUUAAUGAACAUGUUUACUUUGAGGAUCAGAUUGAAUAAAAACAUUCAGCUUCUUUUGUGUUUUUGGACAAACUGAAUUUUCCAGUCCAAUAAAAUGAUUCCUGUUUGCAAAAA